CUUAAAGGGAAUCGGUGGCUGGAGGCAGUUCUGAGACCAGCGCCAGGCGGAUGGUUCCUGGCGGUCCAAGAUGGCAACUUUCUGUGGCAGCGAGGUGAAGUGCGUCAGCGUGGAGUGGGACUUCCUGCAGGGGCUGUUGGUGAAGAACCAGCCGGUGCCCUGCCUGCAGGCUCUGCGGAAGGAGAAAUCCCGCAACGCGGCCCGCUCCCGCCGGGGCAAAGAAAACUUUGAGUUCUACGAACUGGCCAAGCUGCUGCCACUGCCCAGCGCCAUCACCAGCCAGCUGGACAAGGCCUCCAUCGUCCGGCUCACCAUCACGUACCUGAAGAUGCGCAACUUCACCCUCCAUGGCGACCCGCCCUGGAGCCUGCGAGCAGACGGGCCAGCCCCGGUGGGCAACGCUUCGGGUCGGAGGAAUCGGAAUGCGCUGCUGACCGAGCUGUUUGAGCAGCACUUAGGUGGACAUAUCCUGCAGUCCCUGGAUGGGUUUGUGUUCGCACUGAAUCAAGAGGGAAAAUUCCUUUACAUCUCUGAGACUGUGUCUAUUUACCUGGGGCUUUCACAGGUGGAGCUGACUGGGAGCAGCAUCUUUGAUUACGUCCACCCAGGAGACCACCUGGAAGUGGCCGAACAGCUGGGUCUGAAGGCUCCCUUGGGCCCUGCCCACCCAAAUCGCCCCAAAGCAUCCCUGCAGGGCUCUGCUGCUUCGCCCUCUGGAUUGUCACGUCCCGAAUCAGAUCCUUCCGGCUCCCGUCCGGCCGCAGGCGAUGUCUUGGAGCGCUCCUUCUUCGUCCGUCUGAAGUCCACUUUGACCAAGAGAGGACUUCACAUCAAGACUUCGGGCUAUAAGGUGAUCCACAUCACAGGCCGCCUCCGUCCCCGACGGCCGUCCUUUCCCCACGCGCAUUCGGUGCUGGGCCGGGUGCUGGGGCUGGUGGCGCUGGCCCACACCCUGCCCCCCUCCACCCUCAGCGAGGUGCGCAUUGAGUGCCACAUGUUCGUCUUUCGGGUCAACAUGGACUUGCAGAUCGUGUACUGUGAGAGCAGGAUCACGGACUACAUGGACUUAUGUCCCUCGGAACUGGUUGGGAAAAGCUGCUACCGGUUCAUUCAUGGGGAAGACGUGGAAGGAAUCCAGCAAAGCCACUUGGACUUGUUAAACAAGGGGCAGGUGGUGACCCGCUAUUACCGCUGGCUGCAGAAGAGCGGAGGGUUCGUGUGGGUCCAAUCCUGCGCCACCAUCUCGGUCAACGUCAAGAAUCCGAGCGAGAAAAACAUGGUUUGGAUGAACUACAUCCUCAGCAAGCCGGAAUGCAAGAACAUAGCCCUGGAUGUUUUCCAGGUCCCCGGGAUCCCUGCAAGGCAGAGAGAAGCCUCCAGCGCGGGACUGGACUUCAAAGAAAGCGGCCUGGUGAAGGAGGACCAGGGGAAGCUGGGCUCCUCCAGCAAAUCCGGGGCUGUGGCCCAGUCCUACCCCAGGAGCGUGGCAGAAAUGGGGCCACACUGCCACCUGGUGGAGAGCGACUCCAGCGGUCCAGAAACCGGGUACCCAGGCGAGGAGGCCCCCGGGGAGGACGCCAUGGGAAGCGACACGGAGGCUCCGCCGCCGAGGAAGCGCAUCAAGCUGGAGUUCCAGCCAGAGAGCCCCCCGUCCAAGGUGGAGGCGGCCUCACUGGCCCGCUCCGAGGAAUCCGAGAGUGGCAGCGAUUCCGAACAGGACCUGCUCCCCCAGCAGACGGCUCCCCUGGUCCGGAAGGCGAACGGCUGCAAGGCCGGUGGGCGGAAGAGCACGGCCCCCGGCCGCCCCUGCACAUCGGAGUUCGCCUCGGUCAUUCAGACCCAAAAGGGUGUGGCCCUGAAAGCCGGCGUGGCCCUCAGCAUCAAAUCCGAGCAGGGGCCUGGGGCCAAAGGGGGCCUCUGGACCUGUCCCAGUGCCCACAAGGGCAGCCCUUUCACUGUGAACAAAGCGCCUCGUCCGGAGAAGCCUGUUGCGAGGCCGGCAUCUUCUCAUUUGUACGUCUCCAUCCCGGACUCGGUGCUCACCCCGCCUGAGAUGGACAGUGGCCCGGCAAAGGGGCCUUUCAGCACCUCGCCCCGGGCAGCUCCCUCGUCCUCUUCGGGGGACACGCUUUCACCUCCGCUCUCGGGCUCCCCCUGCGAGGAACGGGUGACCACCACGCCCUUCACACCCCUGAUCUACCCGGCAGAGAUGGACGUCCUCCAGCGGUUUCACACUGGCAACGUGGUCGUCCCCCUGAUGCAUCAGCUGGGCAGUCCACACACCAGCUCAGCGGGCUCCCCGGGAUUGUACACCACCAGCACCAUCCGCUAUGCCCCUGCAGAUAUGACGCUCGCCAUGCAGAGCAACAUGCUGCCGCCUUCCCACCCCAUCAGCCUGAUGGACCUCAGCAGUGCCGAGGCCAAGACCUCCCGUGAGCUCAUGUACCAUCACCUGCAGCGGCUGAACAUGGUGGCACCGUUUGGGAACUCGGCGGGCUUGGCCCAGAUUUCAGGAGGAGCGUUUGCCGCUGCCGACUCCUUGUUUUCCACCCUGCCCUUCUCAGUGGCCAGUGGUGGGAUCCACAGCACUUCGGCUUUGGAACGCAAGGAGGAUUAAUGCCAGGCGACGGCACGUGAUCCGACCAGUAUCUUCUUUGCCUGCAGAACCACGGCCAACUCCUGUCCAGAACAGAGCUGUCAAACCUUGUGAUCGCUCGGUCCACUGCUGGUGUGCACACCGGCAUUCUCAAAACCAGGGGGAGACAUCUUUAGUCCUGGAAAAAGCUCCUACCCUGCACCUUCUCAUCACAUCCCUUUGCUAGACCUCAGCGCAAAGGAGUGGAAGGACCGCCUCCAGCUCGCUACUUUGGAGGUCUCUGGUUGUUUGAAACGAGGUGUUUUGUGAAGCGAGUGGAGGAUUUGGCCCAGAGGAAAGUGGACAGUCUGUCAGAUUCCCAGGAGAAAGAAACACAAAGAUGCAGAGGUCAUCUCCCACCCUCUUCCUUACCUGUGUCCCUGCUGCUAGACGUUGACUGACUAGGGAAGGUGCUGUUACCUUUUGCCGCUCUGGGUGUGUCAGUUGUCAGAUAUAACCUGCAUACAUGUGCCAGUGAAAAGUAGGCAGUAACUGCCCACGGUGCCUCCCCUGAACAUGCUUAUUCCCGGAUAUCACACCAGCAGUUAACUUCCUGCUUGUAUUCCAGCCUUGCUGAAUUAGUCCUUGAAAUAUGCAAUAUGGUCAAUUCCAUAUUAGUGUCAAGCGAGGGUAAAUCAAAUGGAUGUAAUAACUACGUGUGGGAACUUAACUGUAUUGUACUCCCCUUCUACGAAUGUUGCCUCGUGUUCCUGCUUUCCCUUCCUGAGAACCAAUUGGCAACUUUUUCCCAACCUGGACUUUCCAGAUCAGUGAGGUAGUCCUCACUUAAAAACCACAAUUGGGACUGGAAUUUAGGUCACUAAGUGUUGUGGUUGUUAAACAAACCCAGACCCGAUUUUAUGGCCAUUUUUGUGGUGGUCAUUCAGUGAAUCACCAUGGUCAUUAAGCAAAUCACCUGGUCAUUAAUCAAACUAUAUGGUUGUUAAGUGAAUCACGUUCCUAUUGGUUUUUGGUUAUGGAGUCCAGCUGGGAAGGUUGAAGAUGAUCACGUGACCGCUGCAAGGGUCGUAAGCAUGAGGAACAGCUGUAAGUUGGGUUUUAGCGCUGCCGUAACUCCAGACGGUCGCUAAACCAACAGUUGUUAAGCAAGGAUUACCUGUACACUGACCUUGAGUUAAAGGUCAAGGGAUAAAGGGAAUUAGACAAAUUUGGAAGGCACCUGAUGAAGUGGCCUGACUUUGUGUUCAGCUUGACAGAAGGAAGCUGUCGUUCUUCCCAGGGUUCUGGAGCUAGUGGUAAAAACACUUCUGAACCCAUCUUAAGAUGGAGUAAUGUUGGAUGAAGUGUGGCUGAGUCAAGCAUGCAGCGCCCACCAAGUUGC